CACCGGAGGAGACGCACGGAGCGGCGGCGGCAUGUCUCUGCUGAAGGAGCGCAACCGAGAGCUCGAACGCUUCGACGGACUGUCCCUCAUCUACUGGACUCUCAUGGGCCCAUACGGGGUGGACCGCGCUGUGCAUGCACUGGAGUUCAACGAGUGUGAGAACGGUCUAGGGAUCAAAGUGAUCGGGGGAGUGAAGGAGCAGACCGGAGACGAGUUUGGAGUCUACGUCAAGCGCAUUCUCCCUGGAGGGCUGGCCGCGUGUGAUGGGAAUCUCCUGCCCGGAGACCAGAUUCUGGAGGUGAACGGGGACAGUCUGGUGGGAGUGACCAGUGACCGAGCCGUGGACAUCCUGAGAGCCGCAUCUGCCACCAACCACAUGAGACUCCUGAUCGCACGAGACGAGGAGGCCAAGAGAGAAUUUGCUGAGCUGAUGGAGAAGUACGGCUCCAACGGUAGCACAAGCUCCACACGGACCUCCCCCACCCAGCAGAGUGGGCGCUACCUGGACAGCACCUCUUCAGGCUCUUCCUCCCGCUCCCAGAGUCCUUUGCUGCUCAGUCCAGCUGGCUCUCAAAACACAUACAACAACACUGGCCCCCUGCUUCGAUCACUCAGUCACCCAGGGGAGGGGGUGAUCCAGCUCAUUUCUGUGGCCCGCUCCUGCAGCCUGGGCAUCACCAUUGGAGGAGGCUCCAACCGGCCUGACGGGCCCGCCGUCUUCAUCCAGGAGGUGUUGUCCGGAGGGGACUGCCACAGGGACGGGCGUCUGAGGCCUGGAGACCAGCUCAUCGCCAUCAACAAAGAGUCCCUGAUCGGAGUGACCCAUGAGGAGGCCAAGAGCAUGCUUAACAAAGUCAAGAGCACUGGACAGGACAGUGCAGUGGAGAUCGCCUUCAUCCCGGAAGGCCUGUUCCCCAGCUCCACGUCUCUACACAACGGGGUCCAGAGAGCCGCUGGGCGCCUCAAAGUGCACAUCCGCUCACCCGAGAUCUGCACAGAGGAGCCUUCUCAAGUGUCCACCCCGUCCCCUGACAUUUGUCCACCAGAUAUCCACGUCUCAGGUGAGGACUGUCAAAGGUCACCCACAGGGACCAAGCCCAAGAUCACCCUGGACCCCUACAUCCGACUCAAGGCUGACAAGCUGGACCUGGCCCUCCGCUUCCUGGGGUUAGAGGUCACAGAGGAGCAGAGGAACAAACUCCGACUGGUUCUGAGUCCAGACCCCCAGGGCACUGUGUCCUAUGGAGACUUUGUGGAGGCCACGCGGAGCCUCUACCAGGAGCGUCUGGAGGAGCUGGGUAUGGGGGCGGGGCCUUUCAUGUUCACCUAUCAAGAGGCAGCCAGCCUGAUGGACACGUCCGCCUUCCAUUCCCCGACGUACGAGUCGGAGUGCAGCUGUAGCUCAGAGGAGAUGGAGAGCUUUCAGUCUGAGGUGCGACAGCUGCAGAGCCAGAUGAGGCAGCUCAAGACUGUGUUAAAAGACAUGGAGAGCAGUAAGAAGACUCUGGAGGUGGAGCUACAGAAGACCUCUGAGAAGGCGUGUGUGACGGUGGAAGAGAAUGUCCGGCUGCGCUCUCGUCUUCAGGCCGUGGAGCAGAGGGGCAGCAGCAGCGCAGAGCAGGACUACGAGGAGGUCAUUGGGCUCCUGGAGGCUGAGAUCCGGGAUCUCAAGAACCAGCUGGGAACGAGGAAACCCGGAGCAGGGGCCAAGGAAGACGUGCGUGAGCUGACCCGCCGACUGUCCACCAUCGACUCACAGCUGAGGAGGUCCGAGGUCAGUCGUAGACACCUGGAGGUCUCCAACCGCAAACUGCUGGGGUUUGCACAGAACGUCCACAAAGUGCUGUCCACUCCCAACCUGUUGUGUGCAGAGACGGGCAGUCACUCCUCCCCCUCCGCAGACUCCCCUGACUCCCCCCGGGACCCUGCCCUACAGCUGGCUGUGGAGGCCAAGGAGCUGGUGGAGAGUGCGGGAGCCCUGACAGAGGACCACAAAGGGAGCAAGGAGGAGGAGGCCCCGGACAUCAGCAUGUGAGGCCAGGACUGUGGGAGGCCCGGGACCUGCCGGAGAACAGGCUCUGAACCUAGGAAACAGGCAACACACCCAGCAAUAAUGCCCCCCCCCCUCCCCCGUCGGACAGCCCACUUUCCGUUUUAAUGCCAAAGCCGCUCUCAUUGGACAAUACGGUUAGAGGUCAAAUGGCCCGGGACUCUUCAGCGGACUGCCAAACAGACCAGCUCAGGACCCAAAAGUGCAUGAGUCCAAGCCCAUGUUUUACUUUUCCAUUGUGUACUGUCCAUAGACUGUGUAGAGAAGUGGACUAAGGGACACCAUAAUUUCCAUCAUUUAAACUGAGUUGAGACCUGUCAGAAUGUUCAGGUGGAGUUUGCUGUAAGUGUCAGAUGGUUGGAUGGUUCAUAUCUCUGUAAUUUUUGGGCCUAUCUUCAUAAAACAAAGCUGACACAAAGUUCAAUGUCUUUUCUGUCAGGAGAAAUAAACAGGAGUUAGAUUAUUUUCUUCACCAUAGCUUCAGAAAGUGGUGCCAUUAUUC